CCAAUAACGUACUCCAGAGAUCCUAGGGUAGACGGAGGAUUUCAUCACAGAAAACUGGUGGUGACAUUAGCAAAGCAGAAGUAUGCAAGAGCGUGAGCUUCACCAGUAUGGCAGUGGCUCGAAGCUCGGGGAGAGCGCCAGAAGAUUGCAAAGUAAAAGGUAGUUCAGGUGCAACGUCGAAGUCUAAGUUCAGUGUUGAAGCAAGCUCAUCAAUGCCUAACUACUCCUUCGCGGAUUACUGUGCACCCACGCCCGCCGUUGUCUAUACGCGCUGCGAGGACGAGGCCAACAAAUUGGUUCAAAUGCUUGAAAGUCCCCUUGGAUUUGACCUCGAGUGGCGCGUACUCUGGAAUUCUGGUGCGCAAGAGCGACGAACAGCACUGGUACAGCUGUGCGACAAAUCGACUAUCUUGCUGAUCCAGGUAAGCCAUAUGAAACGGUUUCCGCAAAAAGUUUGGGAAGUAAUCGAGUCGCCAAGUAUUGUAAAGACUGGGGCAAACAUUCUCAAUGAUGGCGAGAAACUGCAUCGUGACUUUGGAAUCACAGCCCGAGGACUCGUCGAGCUUGGUGCACUUGCGCAUGUCACGGAUGAUGCUUUCUCUAGCACAUACAAGCGACGAAUAGUCAGUCUUGCCAAGAUGACUACCAUGUACCUCGGGUGCAAUUUAGUGAAGAGCAAAGAGCGCACUAGUAAUUGGGAGGGAGACCUGAAUGACAAGAUGGUGCAUUAUGCGGCCAACGAUGUGCAUGCAUCAUUGAUGGUACACCUCAAGCUCCUAGAAUCGGCCAAAGCCGGCAACAAAGAACUUGACCCGACAAAGUACACCAGCUCAGUUGAUCCACCCAAUGUGGGCGGUAAUAAGGUGAUGGCACCACAUGUGCGGCAGGAUUCGAAUUCUCCGUCAUUAGUACCAGUGCCUCCCCGCCCGCAGUACAUGCGUGCUUAUAACCUAUGGCACCACCGAAAUACGCCCCUUGAUAAGAUGUGCAACGUGUUGAAGACUGGUGGGCGCGUGGAACCUCUGAAAGAGGGUACGGUGAUAUCAUAUGUGAUGGGUGCCAUCCAGGCAGACGUGUCACUACCGUUUGACAUGAGUAAGCUGCUGGAGCUGGUGAAGAUGGAAGCGGGAAGUUGGCAGCGACAUCGAGCAUGGUUGAUGGAUGCAGAGAGGAGCGGUCGUGGAUGCGCUGUACCGCCUGAAUCGCUAACUUGCUAUACAAAUCAGCAGAGCUCUGGUUCAACCGCCUGAGCCUGAGGCUCUCGGAAGCUGCUGGUCUAGAUACAGCGACUCGAGGGUCGGAAGCGGGGGUGAUGGCGAUGCUGCCACCACCAUUGUCGUGCAGGAGCGUGUUGUAUGAAGGGUUACAUAGUGGAAUAUAUGUGUAUAAUAAUAGAGUUGUGGCCCAAUGUAUGUUUCGUCGAG